CGGCGGCGGCGGCGGCGCGGUGCGGGCCGGGGGGCGGGGCCCGGCGGCAGUUGCUGGCAUAGCCCAGGCGGCCGAGCGGGCAGUCGUUGCUGUGGCUGUCGCAUCCCCGAGGGAGCCGUCUCGGCGCGCCCCCCGGCCCCCCCAAGCCAGCAGAUCGUCCCCGCAGGCGGCUGUGCGUGCUCCCGACCUCGCCUGCUGCUCUCCGCUCGCGCAGCGGACCGUGCCUCCUGCAUCAUGUGCGGUAUAUUUGCUUACUUGAACUACCAUGUUCCUCGUACAAGAAGAGAAAUCUUGGAGACCCUGAUCAAAGGCCUCCAGAGACUGGAGUACAGAGGAUACGACUCUGCUGGUGUGGGAUUUGAUGGAGGUAAUGAUAAAGACUGGGAGGCCAAUGCCUGCAAAAUCCAGCUCAUUAAGAAGAAAGGGAAAGUAAAAGCACUGGAUGAAGAAGUUCACAAACAACAGGAUAUGGAUUUGGACAUAGAAUUUGACGUGCACCUUGGAAUAGCUCAUACCCGUUGGGCAACACACGGGGAACCCAAUCCGGUCAAUAGCCAUCCUCAGCGCUCUGAUAAAAACAAUGAAUUCAUUGUUAUUCACAACGGAAUCAUCACCAACUACAAAGACUUAAAGAAGUUUUUGGAAAGCAAAGGUUAUGACUUUGAGUCUGAAACAGACACGGAGACCAUUGCCAAGCUCGUCAAGUACAUGUAUGACAAUCGGGAAAGUCAAGAUACCAGCUUCACAACCCUGGUGGAGAGAGUCAUCCAGCAACUGGAAGGUGCUUUUGCACUUGUAUUUAAAAGUGUUCAUUUUCCUGGUCAAGCAGUUGGCACAAGACGUGGUAGCCCUCUGUUGAUUGGUGUACGAAGUGAACACAAACUCUCUACUGAUCACAUUCCAAUCCUCUACAGAACAGGGAAAGACAAGAAAGGCAGCUGCAACCUCUCUCGUGUGGACAGCACAACUUGCCUUUUCCCGGUUGAAGAAAAAGCAGUGGAAUAUUACUUUGCAUCUGAUGCAAGUGCAGUCAUAGAACACACCAACCGGGUCAUCUUCCUGGAAGACGACGACGUCGCUGCAGUGGUCGAUGGCCGUCUUUCCAUCCACAGGAUUAAACGUACCGCGGGAGACCACCCUGGGCGAGCUGUGCAGACCCUCCAGAUGGAACUGCAGCAGAUCAUGAAGGGUAACUUCAGCUCAUUUAUGCAGAAGGAGAUCUUUGAGCAGCCAGAGUCGGUUGUGAACACAAUGAGAGGAAGAGUCAACUUCGAUGACUAUACGGUGAAUUUGGGCGGUUUGAAGGAUCACAUUAAGGAGAUCCAGAGGUGCCGGCGUUUGAUCCUUAUUGCUUGUGGAACGAGUUACCAUGCUGGGGUAGCGACUCGCCAGGUUCUGGAGGAGCUGACUGAGUUGCCCGUCAUGGUGGAGCUGGCCAGUGACUUCCUGGAUAGGAACACCCCGGUCUUCCGGGACGACGUGUGCUUUUUCAUUAGUCAGUCAGGUGAGACCGCAGAUACCCUGAUGGGCCUCCGGUACUGUAAGGAGAGAGGAGCCUUGACGGUCGGGAUCACAAACACAGUGGGCAGUUCCAUAUCACGGGAGACAGACUGUGGUGUUCACAUUAAUGCCGGCCCCGAGAUUGGUGUGGCCAGCACAAAGGCGUAUACCAGCCAAUUUGUAUCCCUUGUGAUGUUCGCCCUUAUGAUGUGUGAUGACAGGAUCUCCAUGCAAGAGAGACGCAAAGAGAUCAUGCUGGGCCUGAAGCGGCUCCCUGACUUGAUUAAGGAAGUACUGAGCAUGGAUGAUGAAAUCCAGAAGCUGGCGACAGAGCUCUAUCACCAGAAGUCGGUCCUGAUAAUGGGGCGGGGCUACCAUUACGCCACUUGUCUCGAAGGGGCACUAAAAAUCAAAGAAAUCACUUACAUGCAUUCGGAAGGCAUCCUUGCUGGGGAAUUAAAGCACGGCCCUCUGGCUUUGGUGGACAAGCUGAUGCCUGUCAUCAUGAUCAUCAUGAGGGAUCACACUUAUGCCAAGUGUCAGAAUGCCUUCCAGCAGGUCAUUGCUCGGCAGGGACGCCCCGUGGUGAUUUGUGACAAGGAAGACACUGAGACCAUUAUGAACACGAAAAGAACAAUCAAGGUGCCCCACUCCGUGGACUGCUUGCAGGGCAUCCUCAGCGUGAUCCCCUUACAGCUGCUGGCUUUCCAUCUUGCUGUGCUGAGAGGCUAUGAUGUUGAUUUCCCCCGGAAUCUUGCCAAAUCUGUGACUGUAGAAUAAGGAGCUUCAGAAAACUGAGCGACUAGGCAACACAAGACACCUUUUAUAUUUAAAACCUUGAUUUAAAAUGUCACCCUUUUAAGCCUUUUUUUUUUAAGCAAAUACUUAUUUAUAUAUCAGUUAUAAUUAUUCCGCUAAAUUUGCGAUUUUUUUGUGUGUGAAAUUACCUCAUAUUUUUCCGUAAUUUGUGGGGGAGUUUGAAUAAUGAAAUAUACGUUGGAAUCAGCA